CGUGUAUAUAUAUAUAUAAGUAAUGGCCAAGCUCUGUGGAAAGUCAAAACCCUAGCCCAAAAAUUUUCCCUCCCAUGUCCCAACCCCAACUCUAAUCCACUUCCCAAAUUCUUCACCUCUGCAAUUCCACCACCCUUCAACCAAUGCUCUGCUCAAUCCCGACCGGAAAGUCCGGUUCCAAGUGGCUCGACCGGCUCCGAUCGUCCAAAGGUUUCCCAGAGGCCCACAACGACAUCGAUCUCGACCAAUUCCUCUCCAAUUCCAACCCCCCCGAACCCGACAUUGGACCGGAAUCAGAAAGACCGGUUCCCAAUCGCAACCAAACAACGCCAGAGGCUCAUCGGGAGAGCGGAGAGAGAGAAUGGCUCGGUUUGAUGAGCAAUGUUCUAUCCGAGCUGUUUAACAUGGGGGAAAAACCGGACGAUUUGACGAGAGGCAAAAAGUGCUCUCGCAAGCAACCAAACCCUAGGGUUUGCGCUGUUUCCACGUCAUCGAAUGUCGAGACGGUGCCGUCUUGUGGCGAGAACAGUUGUGCGGAUGUGAAGGAAAGGAGUGAGAGAUUGAGAGCGGCGAGGGAAGAGAAUGUGGACUUUGAGGAGGAUGAGGAUUGUUACGGUGAUCUGUCAGGGUUUUCGCGAACGGAGGUGACGGUGAUUGACUCGAGCUGUGCGUCGUGGAAAAAUGAGAAGUUGUUGUUUAGGAGGAAGAACAUGUGGAGAGUUCGCGAGAAGAAGAGUCGGUCGGUUAGGGUUGGGGCGAAGAAGAGGAAGGGGAGGCCUUUGGAAGAGGAGAGUGGUGGUGGAGAGAAGAAACAAAAGCGGUGUGAUUUAUCGAAGGAUGGAGCAGAUGGAGAAUCACGCACGGUGAUGCCAUCGAGCAAUGUACUUGUGCAGUGUGACAAAACGAAUGAAGGCCGGACAGACACACCCGAUAUUGUAAGGUUUCCCAGGAAAUCAAAAAAGUGUGGCUCCUCAGCUAUCCUUGUAAAGGGUGUUCCAACGAAUAAGAAGAAUGCAGCAAACAUCCCUAGAGCUGUCUGAUGUAAACUCGGACAAACUACAAGGCUUGAUAGUUGUGCUACUAAUAUAUUCCCUAUGCAAUGGUACAGUGAGUCGUGUUUUUUUUUUUUUUUUUUUGAAAAAAAUAUUUAGUGUAUUCAUCUCUGCAGUGCAAGCAUGGGGUUUCAGGUUAUGAUACCGAAUCACCGUGGCUCAUGUUGUAAGUUCUGAUGUUUGUUUCGUCCAUAUGUUUCUUUCAAGCAAUCUCUGUAUUUUGUAGCCAUAUGCAACAUUGUAUCGUAACAUUAAUUGAUUUUUGUUGAGAAGAAUCUGCAAUUUUUCUUUAA